AAGGCGUGUUUUCAUGUUUUCAUUGCUGUUUACACGCUUGCUCCGCUAACAGUAGGCUAUUUGUUAUCUGGGUGAGAUAUCAAUUUAAUCCUAACUAAGGACCACGUUUAUUUUUGAAACUCAACGUAUUAUUAAACAUUCCCUAUGAAAGAUUAUUUUUAUUGAUUAUAAAUUCUCGAGAAAGACAUGUUCGCUAAUGGAAGAGCUGUUGUUGCUAUCACAUAGGCUGGUUGGCUACCUACUUCCUAUUAAGAACCUCAUUGUAUUCAUUCAUACUUGCAUUACUUGAUUAGAUAAACACGUAAUAUCAAUAUAUAUUUGCUAAUGCUGAGAUCUGCAGGGGGUUUAACUCAUCACACGACACUAAAAGCGCGCCAUGGCUCAACGUUACCACAGAGACCAUCACCAGGAGUCCGUUUAUAAACGAUGCGGAGACCCCAGCGGUGAUUAUAAGACGGAUAAACGCCACAGAUCGACCGAGGAAGGCCAGAAGGCUCUGAGCGCUCACAGACAGCUGUACGAGAGGAACUUCCCUCUCUAUAAGCAGCCCGUGGAGGUGGGCUGCUUCUCUCUGGACUCUCGCAGGAACUUCUGCAACGACCAGAGGCAGCUGCGCUAUUAUGUGCAGCCCACAAAGAGCCCAGAUUUUAAUUUAAGGGACGGAUACACCAGCCGCUUCGUCAAACGAGAUGACAGCGUGAAAGAAAAGCUUGAUCAUGUGCUGAAGUGGAUUCUGGCCAACAGAGACAAGAUCCAAACCAGGGUCCAAACCCCCUCAUCCAGUGCUCUAGGAGUGGACUUCGUGACAUGGAGAGGACACCUAACCAAAGUGCUGACCACCCCGUACGAGACUCAUGAGGGAUGGAUGCUGGCCGCCUCCAAGUUCAGAGGCACCAUCUACAUCAGUGAGGUGGAAACAGAGGCGGCCAGAGUGGACCAAGAGACCCGCUCCGAGCGGCAGGCGGAGAUGAUGUACUGGGGCUACAAGUUUGAGCAGUACACAUGCGCAGAUGAUGUGGAUGGGGCUCCAAACCCAGGGGGCGUCGUGAACACCAAUGAAGCGUUCUGUACGGUGGUUCAGACGCGUCUGGCCGACCAUAAACUGCUCUUCUCUGGAGAGGUGGACUGCCGCGUCAAAGACCGCGAUGCUCCUCCAGCACCGGGAUGUUAUGUGGAGCUCAAGACCUCUGCAGAAAUCUGCACCCCGAAGCAACGAAGCAACUUCCACAGGUACAAGCUUCUGAAAUGGUGGGCGCAGUCGUUUCUUCCUGGAGUGCCACAGAUAGUCGCUGGGUUUCGAGACCAUGACGGGAUAGUGGUGUCUGUUGAGACCUUCCCAACCUCGAAAAUUUCACAACUCAUCAAGAAUGAGUUCAACUGCUGGAAGCCAACAGUCUGCAUGAAUUUCUGCAACGAUUUCUUGUCCUUUGUCAAAUCAGUCGUCAAAGACGACGACCCAAGACUGGUGUACCUGUUCACAUGGGAUCCACACCGAGACGUGACCUACACCGUCCACAGAGACUCUCAGUAUACCUUCUUACCAGAGUGGUACAUCAAGGACAUGAGCAGUCAUAAUUAAUCUCACCACUGAUAUACUGAGCUCACACUGUACGCAGUGCAUCAGGCAUUCAUAAGGACAUCUUUGUCUUGUUUAUGAAUCAUGUACAUACUGUAUCAGAGCAGUGCAUGACUUGCCAUUGCUUGUGUUUUCUAUGAAUGCUCUGGAUUCAGUUUGUGGCCUUGGAAAGAAUAGUUUAACCAAACAUAUCCACUUGAUGUCCAUGGCACGUUGACUUUUUAUAAAUAUAUUGGGAUUUUAUCCAUUAUGUUGAUAACCUCAAAAUAUCCUUGAGAUAUUUAACAAAAAGAUAAUGUACAUAUUUGAAGUCAGAUAUUUUAUAAAUUUAACAGUGCUAUACAAUAUGGCAUCAUUUACAACACACUGGCCCUAAUUCAUGAAAUUUAUUGUAAAGCUGUUAUGUAAAUUCUUAUAAUUCCACGUGACAAUUUAAAUGAAUGUUUGUACAAACAAUGUCCAUAUAUUCCACUAUGAAAAAAUGACUUUAUUACCACAAUUUUCUCAUUCCCUCAUUUUAAUAUAGAUUUAACUAAAGCUAAUAAAUUAGUACAACAUGGACAUGACUUAAACAAGGAAUUCUUAAUUCAUGAUCAUGAUAUCUUGUUUUUUCCUCCCUGUCACAUGCGGGACUCUUUUGGGUUAUAUCAACUCAGAGAAAUUAUUCCUCACAGGAUUUCUUCCAUAGCUUUUAUUAAAAUUCAUUUAAACAUGCCAAAAGUACAGUACAGUUAAAUAACAGUUAAGGUUUUACAAAUGAAAGUACAAAAUGUGCACUAUAAAUUCUGAAAUAAAGAAACUUGAGUACAAAGUCUUAGUUGCAAUUUCGUUAUGUAAACUGUUUUAGUUUUUAAUAUCUUGCUGUGUAUGGUCCACAAGAUCAAACAGUUUCAUUGUCACAGCAGGUAAGACUUCAGUGCUCUCAAAAAAAAAAAAAAAAGGCAUAAAUUAAGGCAAGUAUGGUGUGAAUAAAUUCACUUUUAAAUGCCUUUCAUGAAUGCUAAAAUGUGAUAAUCUCUUUCAAGUGACUGAACAAAACUCAUGCUCAACCGAACUUUCAAAACUUAUGAUUUGAAACUGGGAGAGAUGUUAAAACGCAACCAUAAAAGAAAAACAUCCUCUACACUCGGUGGUUCGCAACCAGUUUUGCUCCAAGAUCCAGAUUUUACAUCAAGUGGUGCCAAAAUUGUUAAUUGUGCAAAAACAGGCUUUCAGUUAUAUUUCAGUAACACUGACGUGGAGCAUCAGAGAGGACACCGCUGAUGUUCAAACACAUUUGUUUCCAGAGAUAAUCGCCUGGUUUGUCACGUGACAUAAGAGCACAUCACUUAUAAGGCUCUACUGUAUUGAUCGAAGCACAUUAUUAUUAGUGCUGAUUAAUCGCGUCCAAAAUAAACGUUUUUGUUUACAUAAUAUAUGUGUGU